UAAGAAAAAAAGGAAAAAAAAAAACCUGCGUUACUGCGAAAACGAUCAAUCUCACUCCGGCACAGGAGUUUCCCCACAUGGAGGAGAAAGAAAUAACAAUAGAAAUAGCUGCGAAUAUUCUCGAAGGAAAUAUUGUACAACAAUUCGUGCAUGCGUUAUCUUAUCUGUACUCGUGCAGAAUCCGUUUUUACUACAUUCAAGGUAUACAUAAUUUUGAUGAAACCGACAAAUCUGCCAACCGCUCACUGUCACCAGAGAACUCAUCAUGACCGAGAGAGAACGUGAAAAAUUAGGGAGCACGACGUUUUGGCCGCAAUGGAUCGCUGGUUGCGGAGUGUGGCUACUGGUGACAGAACUGGGAUUAAUGGGAUCGUGGUCCUCUCCGUACAUCGACUAUUUAAUGUCUCCGGACGCUGCGUUUCCGAUCACGCUGACGGAAUUGUCAUGGGUGGUGUCGUUGCUGAACUUGGGACGGUUCUUCGGCGCCAUCGGGAGCGGUAUAUGCAUCGAGUGUUUCGGCAGCAAAACGACCGUCUUCAUCACCAGCGUGCCCAUCUCGUUAGCCUGGCUCUUCAUCAUCGUGGCCAACAGCGUCGAAUGGCUAUACGUCUCGAGAUUUUCCGCUGGCAUUAGCCUAGGAAUGCUGCACGGCUGCUACUCCAUAUAUCUGGGAGAGAUCGCAGAUCCGAGUAUCCGAGGGGCAUUGAUCGCAUUCGGCACAGGCGGGCUAGUGACUGGGAAUUUUAUAAUGAGCGUGAUGGGAGCGUAUUUGCCAAUGUACGUGUCAGCCGCGAUAGCCCUGGCUCCUUGCUUUCUACUGAUGGCCCUUUUCCUCUGGCUGCCAGACUCGCCUCAUUACCUGAUCAAGAAGAAGCUGGACGAGAAGGCCAGGUCGUCGGUCCAGUGGUAUCACAGAGACUGCGACGUGGAAACGCAGUUCACGGACUUACGAAAGUUCGUGGAGAAUCUGAACAAACAGUCAUUCUCGGACACCGUCAAGGAGCUGAGGGCCGUUCAUUUCCGCAAGUCGAUACUCAUCGUUAUGGCUCUCAUGGCGUACAGUCAAAUGAGCGGGAUUAACAACAUUUCAUUCUACAUGCAGUCGAUUCUAGUGUCGGCGAAAGUCAGCGUGAUCGAUCCGGCGACAGCGGUGAUCAUAGUGAUGGGAUCCGGCCUCGUCGGGCCUUGUUUAUCGAUGAUUCUGAUGGACAGAUUUGGAAGAAGAAUUCUCAUGAUGGUGUCGUGCACCGGAAUCGCGUUGUCGCUCAGCCUGCUAACGAUCGAGUUUCAACUGCUGGAUUUCGGUCUCGAACCGAAAACAGUGGAAUUGUUGCCGAUCGUCGGACUGAUUGCCUUUUACGUGACAGUUUUCUCAGGCGUUACGCUCGUGCCAACAGCCAUGCUGGGCGAACUUUUCCCACCGCAUCUGAAAUCCGUCGCGUCGUUCGUUAUCAGCAGUUUCGCAGCCAUCGUCUCUUUCGUCUCGACUGCCACUUACGUGCCGCUGCUUAAUUUCAUGACCGAACGGUACCUAUUUCUAUUCUACGGCCUGUUAAUGGCCACGGCUGUACCGUUUACCUUGAUCUUUGUGCCCGAGACGAAAGGCAUGUCCCUGCAGGAGAUUCAGGAACAAUUGACAGGGAGGAAUAAAUCUCGAAGCACGUCCAACGUCGAUAAAACGAAACUCUCUGACCAACAGAACGCGGAAGCGUUUGUUAUCUGUGCCAAUUAACUUAUCGCGCGAGAUUGUAGAUACGAGCAAUGUAAAUGCAGAAAUAUUUCAAUAUUCCUUUUAAACUAAAACGAAGGUGAAAUUGUUUAUUUUUUUGUUAAUUAAUUAAAACUUCUAUAACUUUGUCCUAUAUCAAGCAAUCCAAGCAAACCAUUUCCUAAUGUAUUAAUCGAACGAUACAUGAAUAAAAAUCACCUUCCGUUAUCACCUUAGUUAUUAGUCAUAACAAUUCGACGUAAUGAAAUAUAAGACUAUAUUGGUUAAAAGCAAGCUGCUACUUCGCGUUGAAGAAAUAUUUUCAACAAAUAUUUG